GUAGACUUCACUUCACCGUCUGUUGUCCUUAGUGUGUUUACUUGAGAGUUUGGAACGGGUUAGCUAGAAAAAAACAAACGCACACACAAGAGCCAAAGACCAGGGGACCACGAUGAAAACUUACAUUUACAAUUCAUUUUGUUUUUCAGCUUUUACGGGUAUUUUUGUUUUGGCUGCAUUCUCUACAGUGAGCGGUAAUUACUGUGAAGUGAAUAUCUGUCAUAACGGUGGCACGUGUGUGACGGGGUCAGGACAAUCUGCGUUCAUCUGUGUCUGUCCUGAUGGCUUCACUGGAGAAACCUGCAACGAGACAGAGACGGGGCCCUGUAACCCAAACCCCUGUAAGAAUGAUGGCAUGUGUGAGGUCAUGGUUAACUCGCGCAGAGGGGACGUCUUUAGUGAAUACGUCUGCAAGUGCCAGCAGGGCUUUGAUGGUGUCCACUGCCAGAACAAUGUGAACGACUGUGCUGGUCAACCCUGUAAGAAUGGAGGCACCUGCCGUGACCUUGAUGGAGAUUUCAACUGCAAGUGCCCAUCACCAUACGUGGGAAAGCACUGCCAACUACGCUGUAUCUCUCUGUUGGGGAUGGAGGGCGGAGGCAUUGCGGAGUCUCAGAUCUCUGCCUCCUCUGUGUACUAUGGAAUCCUGGGUCUUCAGCGCUGGGGACCUGAACUUGCACGGCUCAAUAACAAAGGCCUCGUCAAUGCCUGGACCUCCGCCUCACACGACAGAAACCCCUGGAUCGAGAUCAACAUGCAGAGGAAAAUGCGCUUCACAGGUAUCAUUACCCAGGGUGCCAGCCGCAUGGGCACGGCAGAGUUCAUCAAAGCCUUUAAGGUGGCAUCCAGUCUGGACGGGCGCACAUACACGAUGUACAGACAGGAAGGCCAGCCAAAGGACAUGGUGUUUGUUGGAAACGUUGACAAUGAUAGCACAAAGACCAAUUUAUUUGACCCCCCCAUCGUGGCCCAGUUCAUCCGUAUCAUCCCUGUGGUGUGUCGGAAAGCCUGCACUCUGCGCAUGGAGCUGGUGGGAUGUGAACUCAAUGUGUAUUUAAACACAACAGGUUGCUCAGAGCCUCUUGGCAUUAAGUCACGGCUGAUUGGAGACAGGCAGCUGACGGCUUCCAGCUCCUUCCGCACCUGGGGAAUCGAGGCUUUUACCUGGCACCCGCACUACGCUCGCCUUGACAAACAGGGCAAGACCAACGCCUGGACAGCUGCCACCAACGACCGCUCUGAAUGGCUACAGGUGGAUCUGGAGAGGCCCAAACGAAUCACCGGAAUCAUUACCCAGGGGGCUAAGGACUUUGGCAAUGUGCAGUUUGUAUCUGCCUUUAAAGUGGCCCACAGUGACGAUGGUCAGUACUGGACUAUAGUCAAGGACGAAAAGACAAAAACAGACAAGAUCUUCCCUGGCAACAGUGACAACAAUGUGCACAAAAAGAACGUGUUCGAGCCUCCCUUCUAUGCUCGAUUUGUCCGCAUCCUCCCGUGGGUGUGGCAUGAGCGCAUCACUCUGCGAAUGGAGCUGCUUGGCUGUGAUGAAUAGAAAACCGCCUCCCUCUUUUAUCUUGUGCCCUCCCACUGUCCUCUCCUCUUGAGCCAUGCCUGCACUACCCUGAUUCCAGCUGCAGGGGGCGGUAACACCAUGCAGAACUCAUUUACACAGGGAUUUCAGCUUGUCUUGCAUAGACACAAAGCUUGGUCCAUCACUCUAUCCAAUUGGCAUACAGUGAAAUACUGCCUCAACAAAUACACCAGAGAUGAAACUCAAACCCAGUUACUAUGAGGUGCUUAAGAUUUGUUAGAAUGAUGCUGUACUGAGGCUGAGAGUACAGUUAGCAUGGGUCAUGGGUCAUGGGUCAUGGGUUUUAGCUCCAGUUUAUUCAACUUGACUGACCCGUCUGUCAGACCAUACACCGUUUUAUAAGGAUAUACCAUCAUGUCAAAGAAAAUAUAUACUAACAGUAUACAAAACUGACACUGUAUAUAUCAAAAGGAUCAUAAUGUUUCUUAUUUUAGUGAACUGAUUGUGAAGGCAGUGAUCAAUUAUGAUUGUUUAAUAUCAUAGUUAUACAAUGGUGACAGUAAACAAAAUAUAGCAGAUGUAUUACCUGUGAGCAUGAAGAUAGUAGGGUAGUGUUUUACUGUUUGUGAAUAGUUCUGAUGAGACUUUCAAAUUAAAAAAAAAAAGAUCUUUGAAAUUAAGAUAACUUAUUUGAAGUAAUGUUUUAUUACCUAACAGUUAUUGUGAAAAAGAUAAUCAUGCUGUGUUGAUGUCUCUAUUUUUUAAUUUUGCGACCAUCUCUUUGUCCCAGUGAUGCACUCAGAUCACACCACCAUUACAGACUGACAUCAUAUCUUACACAGGCCCGGCAGUCACCAUGACAACAAAAGCUUUGGCCCAACACUGCCACAAAUUCUUCUCAGGUGGAGUUGAAUCAGUGCUACUGACAAUUUUUACCACAUAAAUCUUUUUGGAACAACCCUGUUUAAUGUUUUGUGAUAAUUGUAACAUGGUCUGGUGUUAUAUUAUUUCCAAGAAUAUAAAUUUUCUUCAAAUUAGAAGUAUCCCCAGUAUUGUUUUUCACUUCACUGAGACACUGAGAGUUGACUUACGAGUUUGAGUUGUAUAAUCAUGGCUUAGUGACUAGCUCUGUGCUGUAGAGAGUAAAUACAGAUACCUUAGAUCUGCAACGCUGCAUUGUUGUCUGAAGAUGAGCUCUAAAACCAAACAGAGAUUCCCAGAGGAGCCACAAACUGCCUGUUAACAGAAUAAGUAAUGAGAAAGCUGUUCAUUUAUGGCUGCGUCCAGCAGAUGUGGUGAAUCUUGUAGCCUUCUUUUUUCUUGUUUUUGCUGUGCAUAAGAUACAGCCCUGUAACAAAAGAUGAGACAGGAGGUGUGAAGCUUUGAGAAAGACUUAGGUGGGAAGGGAGGGUGGAAGGGAAUCACAUUUAAGUUGAUUUUUACGGUUGCACUGAAUAUCUUAACGUGACCCUCUGAUCUGCAUAAUGCUUUCAGGGUGCCACAUUGUUACCCCCCAAUGAAUUAUGAAUUUUGGGCUUGUGCAAUAUAAGUUUUAAUAUUAAUGAGAAGUAUUAAUGGAUCAGAGGGCUUUAUGGGCAUGAUUUUUCUUCUUUAAUGGUUUCAGAGAACAUGUACUGGAGUACUGGGGUAAUGGUAAAAACACUGGAAAAUUCUAGAAAAAAAACAAUGUAUCCAGAAAGCUUCAUGCACCUAAGAUAUGUUUGUUUAUUUGUUUGUUUGUUUUUUCCGUUUCAAUGUUAACAUUCAGUUUUCACAGAAAUUUUCUAAUUGCAACAUUGAACACACAGUAACUGUGUUUUGUUUUGCCUUGUUUUGUUUUUUGUUUGUUUUUUUUCCCUCAGAACAGGCUUUGUUUAAACAUGUUUUAUAUGGUUCUUACCAUGUUCUAUGCUCCAUUUGUUUUAUGAUCUUGUGUUAGUGUAGAUUAUAUGUUGGUGAGAUUUCAUGCAUUUUCUUGAUCUCUUUCUUUCCUCAACAGUUUCCUCUGUCUUUGAUCUUUAUCAGUCAUGAACACAAAUAAAGAACUGAAAUACA